AUGCACCUGAUGAGAAUAUCCCGCCUGUUCUGCAUGGACCGCGGGUCCGCCCUGCUCGUCGGCGUCGGGGGCUCUGGCAAGCAGUCGCUCGCCCGCCUGGCGGCCUACAUAUCCGGCGCCUACACGUUCCAGAUCACCAUCACAAAGACCUACAACGUGACCAACCUGUUCGAGGAUAUCAAGGCCCUGUACAAGAUUGCUGGCUUUAAGGGCCUGCCCGUGUGCUUCCUGUUCACAGACGCGGAGGUGAAGGAGGAGGGCUUCCUGGAGUACAUCAACCAGAUCCUCAUGACCGGCGAGGUGGCCGGGCUCCUGCCCAAGGACGAGCUGGACAUGAUCGUCAACGACAUCCGCCCCGUCAUGAAACAGGCGUCGCCGGGAACGCCCGACACCUGGGAGAACCUCUACAAUUUUUUCCUGGGGAGGGUACGGGACAACCUCCACGUGGCCCUAUGCUUCUCUCCCGUGGGAGACAAGUUCAGCAGGAGGGCGAUGCAAUUCCCGGGGCUCAUCAACGGCUGCACGAUCGACUGGUUCCUGCCGUGGCCCGAGGACGCCCUGACCUCGGUGUCGGGGAAGUUCAUCAACGAGUUUGAGAUGGCGUGCCCGCCCGAAGUGAAGGACCAGCUCAAGCUGAUGAUGGGCAACGUACACGUCUUUGUGACAAACGCCUGCCUCGAGUACUUUGAGAAAUUCAGGAGGCACGUUUACGUCACGCCGAAGUCGUACCUAUCGUUUCUUCAGGGCUACAAGGCCCUGUACUCCAGGAAGUGGGUGGACGUCAAGCAGCUGGCCACGAACAUUAACAACGGUCUGCAGAAAAUGCUCGAAGCCAAACAAGAUGUGAACAAGAUGAAGGCCGACCUCGCCAUAAAGAAUCAGGAGCUAGCGGUGGCUGCGAAGGAAGCGGAGGCGCUCCUGAAGUCAAUUUCUGAGAACACGGCGAUUGCCGAGAAGGAGAAGGCCAAGGUGGCGGUGAUUGUGAACCAGGUCAGCAAAAAGGCCACGGAGAUUUCGGCCGUCAAGGACGACGCUCAAAAGGACUUGGCCGCCGCGAAGCCCGCGCUGGACUCCGCGUUGGCUGCUCUGAAUUCCAUAUCACCGAAAGACAUCACGUCCCUGAAGGCGCUCAAGAAUCCGCCCGACAUUGUGAAGAGGAUUUUUGAUUGCGUGUUGAUCCUGCGGUACGCUCUGGUGGACAAGCUUCAAUACCACGAUGUGAAGGGGUGCAUGGUCGUCAUCGGCACGUACACGGAGGCGGUGAAAAUGAUGGGGGACAUGAAUUUCCUGGGGGCGUUGGUCAACUUUCCCAAGGAGCAGAUCAACGACGAGACGGUGGAACUCCUCCAGCCGUACUUCAACGCCCCAGACUUUAAUUUCGAGGCCGCGAAAAAGGCCAGCGGCAACGUUGCCGGGCUUUGCAACUGGGCAGAGUCCAUGUGCACGUACCACAACGUUGCAAAAGUCGUGGAGCCCAAAAUCGUCGCCCUCAGGGAGGCGGAGACUGAGUUGAAGAUAGCCACCAAGGAAAAGAAUGCCGCUGAGGAACGCAUGGCAAAGGUGCAAUCGAAACUGGACGAGAUGCAGGCGCAGUUCGACGCGGCUAUGGCUCAGAAGCAGGCAUUGGAGGACGACGCGGCAGCUACCCAGAAAAAAAUGGACUCUGCAAAUGCUCUCAUCACUGCACUUGCAGGCGAGGAAACCCGCUGGACCCAGCAGUCCAAGGAGUUCGACACACAAAUACAGCGCCUCACAGGGGACUGUGCCAUUGCGUCGGCUUUCGUGUCGUACUUGGGGCCCUUCAACAAAGAGUUCCGAGAACUGCUCAUGACGAGAGACUUCUACGGGGACUGCAUCAGACUCAAUAUUUCCGUCACACAGGACAUAGAGGUGUCCAAAUUUUUGGUAGACGACUCGGAGGUCGGCGAGUGGACUCUGCAGGGUCUACCCACGGACGAGCUGUCCGUGCAAAACGGCAUCAUGGUCACGCGGGCGUCCCGCUACCCUGUGCUCGUGGACCCUCAGGGCCAGGGCAAGCUUUGGAUAAUGAACAGGGAGGAGGCCAACCAGCUCAAGGUCACGCAGCUCAACGACAAGAUGUUCAGGAACCACCUGGAGGACUGCCUGGCGUUUGGGAAACCGCUGCUGAUGGAGAAUAUUGAGGAGGAGCUGGACCCGGUCCUUGACCCCGUCCUGGAGCGCCGCUUUGUGAGGAAGGGCAAGAAUAUGGUGGUGCAGCUUGCGGACAAGGAGGUGGACUACACCGAGAGCUUCAAGCUGUACUUCACCACCAGGCUGCCCAAUCCGCACUUCUCUCCGGAGCUGUCCGCGAAGGUCACCGUGGUGGAUUUCACCGUCACAAUGGUGGGGCUGGAAGACCAGCUGCUCGGAAAGCUCAUAUUGAAGGAGAAGCACGAGUUAGAGGAGCAGAGGCAGCAGCUCAUGGAAGAGGUUCAGAGCUACAAGAAGAAGAUCAGGCAACUCGAGGAGGACCUGCUCUUUCGGCUGUCCAACUCCCAGGGCAACCUCCUGGAUGACACUGAGCUAAUCGACGUCUUGGCCGUGACUAAGCAGACCGCGCAGGAGGUUGCGGAGAAGCUCAACAACGCCAACGAAACGAACAAGAAGAUCAACGAGGCGUGCGAGGAGUACAGGCCCGUCGCCCACAGGGCGACGUUGGUGUACUUCAUCAUCGCCGAAUUCAGCGUGGUGAAUUGCAUGUACCAGACAUCGCUGACGCAGUUCAACGAACUGUACGAGCUGACAAUCGACAACUCGGAGAAGGCCACCAUGCCCAGCAAGCGCAUCCAGAACAUCAUAGAGUACAUGACUUACGAGAUCUACCUGUACAUCCAGCGGGGCCUCUUCGAGCGGCACAAGAUGCUCUUCGCCCUCAUGGCCACCAACAAAAUCCUGUCCUCGGCGGGCAGCAUAAAGGCCACCGACGUCGACAUAUUCCUGAAGGGCGGAGGCGCGCUGGACAUCAAUUCAGUCAGAAAGAAGCCCAAGGAGUGGAUCCCGGACAGCGUCUGGCUCAGCAUCGUGGCCCUGUCCAACAUGGAUGCGUUCCGGGACAUUCCCGACUCGGUAUUCAGGAACGACGGUCUGUGGCGGCAGUGGUACGACCAGGAGGCCCCUGAGAUGGCCAAGGUGCCGGACUACGAAGAGCGCCUGAGCACGUUCGAGCGCAUGUGCGUGGUGAAGGCCUUCCGGGAGGACCGAACGCUCAUCGCGGCGGCGGACUACAUCGCGGACGCCCUGGGACAGAAGUUCGUGGAGUCGGUGCCUCUGAACAUGGAGAGGGCUUGGGGCGAGAGCCACAACCGCUGCCCCCUCAUAUGCCUGCUGUCUCCCGGCGCCGACCCCACCAAGCUCAUCGAGGACCUGGCCAAGAAGAAGAAGAUCAAGACGCUGGGCGUGUCCAUGGGCCAGGGCCAGGAGAUCAUCGCCAGGAAGUACAUGGCGACGGCCACCGUGGAGGGGCAGUGGGUGCUGCUGCAGAACACACACCUGGGCCUGGGCUAUCUCACGGAGGUGGAGCAGUUCCUCCUCAAAGCCGACGAGCUGCACGACGACUUCAGGCUGUGGAUCACCGCCGAGCCGCACCCCCAGUUCCCCAUCGGCCUGCUGCAGAUGGGCAUCAAGAUCACCAACGAGGCGCCGGUGGGCAUGAAGGCUGGCCUGAGGUCCUCGUACCAGUGGGUGACGCAGGACAUGCUGGACGUCGUCAGCCGGGCGGAGUGGCGCCAGAUCCUGUUCGUCAUGUGCUUCCUGCACUCCAUAGUGCAGGAGCGCCGCAAGUUCGGGCCCAUCGGCUGGAACGUGCCGUACGAGUUCAACCAGUCGGACCUGUCGGCGUGCACGCACUUCUUGCAGAACCACCUGAUGGAGAUGGACGCCAAGAAGGCGUCCCAGCCCACGUGGGAGACCGUGCGCUACAUGAUAUCUGUCAUCCAGUACGGCGGCAGGAUCACCGACGACUUCGACGAGAUCCUGAUGAACACUUACGCGGAGAAGUACUUCCACCCGGGCUCCCUCGCGGAGUCCUACGAGCUGUACAAGGACGACAGGUCGGGCUUCAGCUACCGCGUGCCCACCGGCACGGAAAUUGAAACCUUCAGGCACGAGAUCGAGCAGUUUCCGGGGCAGGAGAGCCCGGAGAUCUUCGGCCUGCACCCCAACGCCGACCUCACUUUCCGGUCCCUCCAGGUCCAGGACGCCGUCGCCACGAUCUUGGACACCAUGCCGAAGGGCGGUGGCGGGUCUGGAGGCCUGUCUCGAGAGGAGGUGGUGGACAAGAUAUGCGAGGACCUGCUGUCCAAGGUCCCGCCCGUGUUCGACAAGGAGGACACCAAGGAGAAGCUCAAGAAGCUGCCCGGCGGACCCACCCAGCCCCUGACGGUCCACCUGAGGCAGGAGAUCGACCGGCUGAACACCAUCACCAGAAUCACGACCACGACGCUGAGGAACACGAGGCUCGCCAUCGCCGGCACCAUCGCUCUGUCGGGCAGCCUCAUAGAGGCGUUCGACAGCUUGUUCAACGCCAGGAUCCCCGGAAUGUGGGUGAAGAAGUCCUGGGAGGCCACCACGCUGGGCAACUGGUUCAGCGGCCUGCUGCAGCGCUACGACCAGCUCAGCAAGUGGCUGAACCUCGGCCGUCCGAAGGCCUACUGGAUGACCGGGUUUUUCAACCCCCAGGGUUUCCUCACGGCCAUGAAGCAGGAGGUGAACAGGAAACACGCCGCCGACAAGUGGGCUCUGGAUGACGUGGUGAUGACCAGCGAAGUGACCCACCCGCCCAAGGAGUUCGAGUCGCUCAAGGAGUCCCCGGCCGAAGGCGUGUUCAUAUACGGCCUGUACUUGGACGGCUGCGCGUGGAGCGGCAAAGAGAACAGGCUGGUGGACUCAGAGCCCAAGAAAUUGUAUCACCCCCUGCCGGUGCUGUUUGUGACUGGCGUGCUUUCGAAAGACAAGAAGCGCCAUGGGGUGUUCGAGGCUCCGACGUACCGUGUAAAGGCGAGGAAGGGCCUUAACUUCAUCACCACGUUCUCCCUGCGCACGGAGGAUGACAAAUCGAAGUGGAUUCUGCGUGGCGUGGGCUUGUUGUGCACAAUUGACUGA